AUGCCCAAUCUUCGUCCCCGAAGACAACAUUUGGGUAACAUUACUCCGUACGCUUGGCCUCCAAGCAGCGUCCUGUCUCUCCACCUCCUUCUGCCGUCCCUCUCCUCCCUCCCAGGCCACUCCACUCAUCGUCCGUUAACACGUCUCGCCACGCUUCGUCCGUCAGCCAUACCCCUUCCCUCUCGAGUCUUCGCACGCUCUACCCUGCUCGUCUUGUCCUCCCCAUCGUCUCGACCUCAUCAUCGUCUCGGCCUCCCCAUCGGCACCGCCUGCCCUUAUCUCAUCUGA